AUGGACCACCGCCGGAAUCCAUCUCUANGAGCCGAGCCGACUGGACCGGGCCGGGCCAGCGACCCGCGACUGCGCGGAAGUGGGCGCGCGUGCAGCCUGCAGCUGGUGCCUUCCCGCGCGCAUGGCCACGCACUCCCAGCGUACNACAUUUCGAGAGGAAUAACUCACGCACGGUCUGUGAAGAAGUUUGGCCGAGACCUCAACCCAAAGGCGGAGAUCCGAGGGUCAUCCGUGAACGGUCAUGUGGCCAGAACUUGCCCUACAAGGAGCUUGGGAAAUCCAAGGGAACCCCUUAGAGGACCGGUCAUUCGAGAGCCCACCAUACAAACCCGCCCACAGACUAGGGCAUAUGCAACGACCAGUAAAGAUGCGGGAACAUCCGGCACCGUGGUGACAGGUACGCUUUAUAUACUAGGACACUUUGCGUUGACAUUGUUUGAUUCUGGUUCUGCCCAUUCGUUUGUUUCUUUACCAUUUGUUAAAGAAGCAGGGUUCGUAGUAGAACCCUUAAUGCAUGUAUUGUCGGUUGGUACCCUAGCAGGUGUAGACUUAGUUACGAAAAAUAGACUAAAAGACGGACAAGUGGUAAUAGCUGGACAAACCAUCCACGUAGACUUUAAAGUAGUGGAUAUGACGGAUUUUGAAGUCAUACUAGGAAUGGACUAG